CCACAAAAUGUCACAAACUUCAUAACACCAAUUUUGUCACAUCACUAAAUUCUAGUGAGCUAAAAGCUGACUCAUCAAAAUUUCCUCAAAAUUAUGAGUUGAUAUUCUCAAAAGUAAAAAUUUUUUGGCCCAACUGACACAAUGGCGUUGGAUCUUGUUAGUAUAGCUCAGCCACAUUAUAUACCAGGUUACACCGGCCACUGCCCCGAGUACAAAUACCGUAUAGGCGACACCUACGGCUCCACGACACACAAGAUCCUCCUGGACCCCAGCGUCCAACAUUCAGAGAGGCUUGUGCUGUCUGACAGGACUGCAGAUGACUUCCAGAUAUUCCGGCCCCCACAACAUGACAUCGACGUGGUCAACGCGAGGUUCAGGAAUGGUGAUCCAGUGUAUAAACAUCCUAUGAUACCGGGGUAUGAGGGAUUCCUACCUCGACUCAACGCGCAAUUCGGCCAGCGGUACACAGUAGCCGCCACCGAAGCCCUAUCGGAGUUCCAGAGACUUCAGCUCAAUCAACGAGCUGCCAGAAACCAAUUGGAAAGGGUGGUCGACCUUCAAGCAGGAUUAGGGCAGCCUUGGGACCUUGUUGACAGAUUUUCGGCCACAGCUGAAUUCAAGCUACCCUUGGUGGUGGUGAGACCAGAAUGUGCUGGCAUCCUGAGGGACCUGCCCAUGGACGAACCGAAAUUAUCUCCGGCCACCCAUUCCGUCAGCCCUUACUUCAUGGAAGAUUCCAACCCGGAUAAAUUUAUUAAGAAAGGUUUUGCUGGACAUGUGCCCUAUGGCUUCCAGCGAUUUGGUGAAUCAUCUAAGAAACUCACAAACUCUGCGCUGUGUGACUUCUCUUCUAAUUACCGAAGAAGACAGAGCACUGAAUGGGCGCCAGUUAAUGUAGUCAAACCCGACCCGCCGCUGUCCAUCAACCCCACGGAGCUGUACCACAAGCACGUGGGCAUGUUGCCCAACUACGCGGGUCACGUGCCUGGCGCUAUGUUCAGGUUUGGGAAAACGUACGGGAACGACACACGAGACGCCAAACGGUGGCUGCGUGGAGAUUUCGCCUGAUUUCAACGUUUGGAUCUUACAAGCGACUUUCAUAUUUAUUUAUAUCGGCAUACGAUCCAAAACCGGAGUGUUGUUAAUUUUGGAUGAGAAAUUUUACAUCUUGCGGAACAAAAUAAACAUUUGAAACUAUAAAA